AUGAUUCCCCGGCACCAUUCGAGCGGCUUUGCCAAUGGGCACACGCGAGAGAAGACCUUCGACUUUUCGCCCCAUCGAUUCCAGCCACGCGCUUCCGCAAACAACAACCGCCAUCGUAAGAAGUUCGCGGCUCGCUUUGGUGCGGUCCUCUUUGUUGUCGUGCUGGUUUCCAUCUGGCUAUGGCCAUCAAGUUCUGUCGCAUCACUAGUUUCCUUUGGUCUGUUGGCGUCUGGCACUGAUCUUGAGCUGGAGACCGUGCGGUAUUAUGAUCUCACAAAUGUGCAAGGAACUGCGAGAGGUUGGGAACGCGAGGAACGCAUACUUCUCUGUGUGCCCCUGCGCGAUGCUGAGGCCCACCUGGGAAUGUUUUUUUCCCACUUGCGCAACUUCACCUAUCCUCACCAUUUGAUCGAUUUGGCUUUUCUGGUUUCUGAUUCGAAAGAUCAGACCCUCGAGGUACUGUCCUUAAGCCUCGAGGAGCUGCAAGCGGAUGCGGAUCCCAAACAGCCGUAUGGCGAAAUCUCUAUCAUUGAGAAAGACUUUGGACAGCAGGUUAACCAGGACGUGGAGAGUCGCCACGGUUUCGCAGCACAGGCCACUCGCCGCAAACUGAUGGCACAGGCCCGGAACUGGCUGUUGAGCGCAGCAUUGAGGCCAUACCAUUCUUGGGUGUAUUGGCGAGAUGUUGAUGUGGAGACAGCACCCUUCACAAUUCUUGAGGAUCUCAUGCGUCACAACAAAGAUGUAAUUGUUCCCAAUGUUUGGCGCCCACUGCCCGAAUGGCUCGGGGGCGAGCAACCGUAUGAUCUGAACUCGUGGCAGGAGUCGGAAACUGCUCUCGCUUUGGCCGAUACUCUGGACGAGGACGCCGUCAUCGUGGAAGGCUACGCCGAGUAUGCCACCUGGAGGCCUCACCUGGCGUAUCUAAGAGACCCCUACGGGGAUCCAGACCUGGAAAUGGAAAUUGAUGGCGUUGGUGGUGUGAGCAUCUUGGCGCGGGCCAAGGUCUUUCGGAGUGGCGUGCACUUCCCGGCUUUCAGCUUCCAGAAGCAUGCUGAAACCGAAGGAUUCGGAAAGAUGGCUCGGCGCAUGCACUAUUCUGUUGUCGGAUUGCCCCAUUACACAAUUUGGCAUUUGUAUGAACCGAGUGUAGACGAUAUCCGGCACAUGGAGGAAAUGGAACAGGAACGUCUCGCCCGAGAGAAAGAGGAGGAGGAGAAAAAGAAGAAGGCAGCCAAGAUCAAGGAGGAAUUCGGCGACGCUGAUACACAAUGGCAGAAGGAUAAGCAAGCCAUGGAAGACUCAAACGUUCAACCAAAGGCUGGAGCCAAACCCGUCAAAGCUGCCGAAGCAGAAGGUGUCGCCCAGGAAAAUAAAGGGACAGCGAAUAAGGCCGCUGCUGCACAAGCUGCUAACCCAGCAGCUGCCAAAGCUUAA